GAAAAACAUGAAGUAAUGUGUGCCCGACGGAUACUCCGAACGCAACGCAAACUAUAAAGAAACUGAAGAGCAAACUUUUGGCGGCGAUUCUGCCGACUGAGAAGUGAGAAUAAAUGGACGUCGCUGAAUCUCCUCUAUCCACAUCUCCUUCGCCGCCCUCUUCUUUCAGCCCACAACGCCAUUUCUACCUUGCCGUGGACAGACUUCAAUUCAAAAUGGAAACACUGGUGGAUCUUUUAGGCAUGGCUGGGCGGCGCCCUUGCCUUCCAAUGGUUGUGUGCUGCAGCACUCGUGAUGAGCUUGACGCCGUCUGCUCCAAUGUCUGUAAUCUAUCGUCUUAUAUUUCUAUUUCGUCACUGUACAGUGACCUUUCAGAAGCAGAUAGAGCGCGGGUUCUGGAGGAUUUUCGGCAGGCAACAGUGAGAUGGAAUAAGUUGGGAAGAGAGAAAGCUGAUGAGGAGGCAGAAAAGGAAGAGCAGCAGAAGUCACACGUGCUUGUUGUUACGGAUGCUUGCCUUCCAGUUAUUGGCUCCUCGGAGUUGCCCGUUAGCGCUCGCAUUUUGAUCAAUUAUGAGCUGCCAACAAAGAAGGAGACAUAUAUGAGGCGCAUGUCAACUUGUUUGUCAGCAGAUGGUAUAGUGAUCAACAUGGUUGUUGGGGGAGAAGUGGUGAUUCUUAAAAGCCUUGAAGAAAGCAGUGGUUUGAUCAUAGCUGAAAUGCCUAUACAUACAUUUGCUUCAUAUGAGUCAUGUCUGCAUCACCAUACUGGAGGGCUGGUGGGGACCAGGAUGUAUAUGAGGAGUGAAGUUCCUUUUGUGAUGCUUUUCGGGGGAGUUCAGAGAAGGCCCACUUUAGCAAUAAUGAACUGUACCAAAUGUUUAAGAAGUCCGAGAACUGCUGGAUCCUUCCGUUAUAUGAUGAAUUGUUAAGCAUCCCAACAAGAUUUCUUUACAUGGUUUCCUUGUUUGGCUUCUGCUAUACAAUAGUAGGUUAGCCCCUUCUUGGUGAAAAUGGCUGGAAAAUACCAUAAUGAAUUUUUUACGAACUGUCAAGUAUGUCUAUUAGAAUAGAACAGAGUCAAACAAUACUGUCUUGCUAUGGUAAUCAAUUGUGAAAUUGA